AAUGAUGAUGGAGGCCCUCGUCUUCCUUGGGCGUUCUUUUUGAAGAUCAAAUGCUUCGUCGUUGCCUUUACUAAUUUUUUCCAGAACUCUCACCAAACCCGAAUUUCCUCCAUUGUUACGCCUCAAUUUUCUUCCACCAGCGUUUCUAAUGUUUCCUUUCAUUUCCUUUUGAUUUGAUUCGGUUCGGUUCCUGGAUUGCUCUUCCCUGUAACGUUUCCCGUAAUGUACUUGAAGAAGUGAGUAAGGAAUAGUGUUCUACUUUUGGUGUGCGGCUAUGUGGUUUUUCGUGUGAGACAGUUCAGUCCUUCGAGUCUUGGGAAGUGUGUCUAAGUAUGAAUUUUGAACUAUGGUUCAUAUGGUCAUGGGAAGAGUGACUUUUACUUCAAAGAUCUGGAGGGAUGUUAUCCAAUACACAAGCUGAAUUGGAAUACAUUCAUCAAGAUUUUGAGGCUUUAAGCAUGUCAAAACGGCUCAUGAGAAGCAUGAGCCAGAAAUUGAGGAAGAAUCACAAAGGUGUUGCUGAGGAAGAGGAUAUUUCAAGGGGAAUAUCUUUGAGAUGUCUUACAUUAUAUGGUAGAGGUGGAGGUUGCAAAGUCGGUGCUGACACUGGUGAGGAAAUUGGUGACCCAGGCAGUAGAAGGAGAUCCAGUGCUAGUGACGAAGGUAAGGGGUACAAAUUAUUAUUCAGUAAUGAAGAAAAUAGUGUGGAUUGCUUCUCAUAUGGCGUAAAGGAGAGAUUUCGUAAGAAACAAAGUCCAAAGUAUUCUGAACUUCGAGAUUCUACAAGAAACAUUGAUGUUCAUAUUUUUCUUCCUGAUGACAUUCUGGAAAUAUGCUUGAUGAGGCUCCCACUCGUGAGUCUCAUGAAUGCUCGUCUUGUGUGCAAAAAAUGGAGAUACUUGACUAGCACUCCUCGGUUUUUACAGAUGAGACGGGAAUGUUUAUAUCAGACUCCAUGGAUAUUUUUAUUUGGUGCUGUUAAAGAGGGCUAUUGCUCCAGCGAGAUACAUGCACUGGAUGUAUCUCUAAAGCAAUGGCAUAGAAUAAAUGCUGAUGUUCUCAAGGGAAGAUUUAUGUUCUCUACAGCCAGUAUCCAGGAUGAUAUAUAUAUCGUUGGUGGAUGUUCUAGCUUGACCAACUUUGGGAAAAUGGAUAAGAGCUCAUUCAGGACACAUAAAGGGGUCUUAGUGUUUAGUCCUUUAACUAAAUCUUGGCGCAAAAUUGCGUCUAUGAAGCAUGCCAGAUCAACGCCUAUACUGGGAACUUCUGAGAUCAACUCAGAAUUUUCGAUAGUUCAGAGCCAGCAUAAUUGGCAAGAUAGACGUUAUUUGAGAUCACGUGCCGGUGGCUCUUUGGAUGUUUAUGAGGAUCCACACAGACUCUCGCUUAGACUUCAAGUCAGAAAUCCUGUGGAAGACAAUACCGUUUCAAUGUUGUCUAAUAGGAAGUCAUAUAAGUUCAUUCGACAAAAGAGUGAUCAGUCUCGUGCAAAAGGACAUCGUAGGUUUGUGAUUAUUGCUAUUGGCGGUCGAGGAUCUUGGGAUGAGCCAUUAGAUUCUGGAGAGAUUUACGAUUCCUCAUCAAAUAAAUGGACAGAAAUUCAGAGGCUCCCUGUAGAUUUCGGUAUUAUAUGUUCUGGGGUUGUUUGCAAUGGGAUCUUCUAUGUUUAUUCUGAUACAGACAGACUUGCGGGUUACGACAUCGAAAGAGGCUUCUGGAUUGGAAUCCAUACAUCUCCAUGCCCACCUCGUGUUCACGAGUACUACCCCAAACUAGUAUCCUCUAACGGCCGGUUGUUCAUGCUUUCUGUCUCGUGGUGUGAAGGGGAUGGACAAAUAGGGCAGAGAAACAAGGCUAUCAGGAAACUGUGGGAGUUAGAUCUCGUGUACCUUGCCUGGACAGAGGUAUCAGUGCAUCCCGAUGCGCCAAUGGACUGGAAUGCUGCAUUUGUUGCAGAUAGAAACCUGAUAUUCGGGAUCGAAAUGUUUAAAAUCUUCGGCCAGGUACUGGACUUUUUGACAGUGUGCGACAUCUCGGACGCAGUAUCAGACUGGAAUCACAUUUCAAGAACUCGUGUAACUCAUGAAAUGGAUGCUUCUUCCUGCUUGACCAAAUCAAUGGCAGUCCUCCAUCUCUAAGGUCCUUUCUUUCUAACUGCCUUUCCUUAACGCUCGAAGAUAUCUGAAAUAACACUUUCUAAUGUUGAAGAUAUGCGGUGCAAUGCAAAUAUAUUUCAUAUUUUGUAUCAAAUUUUUUUUGGAUGCGAUCAAUUCAUCUUAGUUUCUUCAUCAGACAUUCAGGGUCAUAUAUUGCAGCACCCUACUGUGUGAUUUUCUGUCAAAUUAUCUUCCUCGUAAUUGAUUUUAUCUCUCUAAUUUGGUGGUGUUGUUGUUUUAAUAUUUGACGAACUGAAGCUUUAGCAUAAUAAACUUACGGUGCCGAUUGUCACCCC